AUGGGUACGGAGUCUUGGAAGACUGUAACCCUUGCCGAAUCUGCGAACCUCUGUCUAGAAUCUUUCACCAAAUGUCUCUCUCGGUUUGGCCAUCUCACCGUACGGGAGCAGUCAGCCAUCGAAGACCAAAUUGGACAAUUCUCGAUCUGGUCUUCCAAUAUAGGGAUCUUUGCAGCAGCGAAGAGCUCUCUUGAUUACCGUCUUUGCAAUGCGGCUCAGGUCCAACGACUGCUUCGCCGCUUGCUCCGGAUACUGAACGACCAUAUCGAGCGACUUUUGACAGCGAUAAAUAGCCCUCUUGAAGCAGGAACAACUCAACCGAAACCAUCUUCCUCUUUCUCUGAGGCUACUGAGGUGGAUCCUAUCAUCCGGGAAAUAGCAGACGAAAUCGACCUGAUCCACAAGCUUUCCAGAGCAAUACGCAUUGUGAGCAGAGAGUCCCAGUACUUAGGCACUUCAGCCUCUAAACUGUGUGAUAAUGUUAGCGGUGAUGUCAAGGGCUCACGCAUUAAUCAAUCUGACUUGGAGGUCAUUCAAGAUAAGUUUCCAAAGUGUGAUUACUCACUCCAAAGGAGGCUGGCAGCUACCAUGCUGCUACGUCGAAGGGAACAGGUGAUUCUCUACUGGAGCUCCCGAAACUGGAAUCUCUCCUCUCGAUAUUCUACUAUUCCAAAACGGGCCGUCUCUAUCCCAGAAUUAUCUCCAAGUCGCAACCAUAUGGAAUCCCCUCCAGUACUGCCAACAUCUGAGGCCAUAGAAGAAGAUUUUAGUGGCACCUCUUUGUUGAGACCGAUGACGAUACAGCUCGAAAAGUUCAAAGCACGACGCACCCUGUCUCGUCUCAGCUGGGCAAGCACAUCAUCCCUGAGAGACAGCGAUCUCCUCGAGUUUCCUCCAGCACAGCCAGCAUCUGAGGCCAAACAAGACAAUUCUAGUAGCUCCUCUUUGUUGAGCCCGAUUGUGCUAAAGUUCGAGAAACUCAAAGCACAACACACCCUGUCUCGUCUCAGCUGGGCAGACACAUCAUCCAGGAGAGACGCCGAACACCUCGCGUUUCCUCCCGCACCCAUCGAAUCAAUUCUUCAGAGAUUACAGACCCUCAACGAUAAUCAUAUAGCGACAGAAAAGGCGUUCCUACGGGGGAACACCAGCUACUCUCGUGGCGUUACACCACCUAUGCCUUCAAUGUUUAGCAAAGGCCAGCGUGAUUGGCGCGGGAUCAGCCUAAUGGAAUCAAAGCGGGAUCUGGAACGCGAGUGGUCAAUCUGUAUGGAAGGCGCAAGGAAUGUCAUCUGUCCUUAUUGUUACUGUGAUCUUCCUAGUUCAGUUGCCAUGAACCAGAAGAAGUGGAGGCCGCGAUGGCGUUGUGCCGCACGGGCGCACGGUGUCCUUGUCUUCUAUGAAAAAAGCGAGUACGAAGAGCACAUGCGCCGAAAGCACAAAAGCACCCAACCACAACUAGCCAUACUCGCUGAGAGAAGUAGUCGACCCUCUGGCCCUGUCUUUCAGUCCUGCCCGUUGUGUGGUGAAGGAAAUCGGGCUGAUCUCGAGGAGCACAUUGCUGACCAUCUUACAUACCUUGCAUUGAUGUCAAUCCCCUUGCCUAAGAGCCAAUCGACCGAUGAUCACAUGAAGAUGGCUGCAAAUUUGGAUACCGAUCAUCUCCGGGCCGGGGGCGCUGGACGGACCGAUUCCUAUCACUCUUUUGACGAAAGUGAAAUGGAAAAGGCAGGAGAUCCCUCCAGGCUCCCUGAAUCCCCCUUUGCCGUAUUGAAAGAGUCAAAACAAAAACAGACAAAGGGAAAGGCACCAGUGAAGGACCGUAAUCAGGAAGAAACUCACAGGAGGUAA